AUUGAUCAUUCGUUAUGGUGAUGGUGACCUGUCAACAAAAAAGUGUCAGCGUCAGAAACAAGAAAAGCGAAUAGAUUUCCAGACAAUCAAGACUACGUUGGCAAAAUUUAUUUAUAAUGGCAGACAAAAGGAAAACCAAAAAACGUAAAGAGGAGUUCGGAGAGGUGGCUGAGUCAGAAAAGGCCACUAGCGAAGAGUAUGCAGUUGCAAAAUGGCUUAAAGCCAAUGUUCCUACGAAAAAGACGAAAUUCCUGAACCACCAUGUGGAAUACUUUACCGGGACGAAAGCGGUGGACGCGCUUCUCACUUCAAAAUGGGCUACUGGUAAAAACCCAAUUUUUACUACAAGACAUGAAGUCACAGACUACCUGCAUCAGAUGUUAUUGCACAAAUUAUUUCACCGAGCUAAAAAGGUUCCGGUUACAGAACAAGAAUUAAAGGGAAAAUCUAAAAAGAAAGAAUUGGAAAAAUCAAGCAAAAGUGGAGAUGAGAAAGAUGGUGAGAAGAGUCAGGCCAGCGCUUGUGAAGGAAAGGACUCAAAAGACACAAAAGAAAAAGAAAAAAAGAAGCGGAAAAUUCGCCUAGAGAUGCACAUGGAUCAAGUAUUUUUGGACACUCUUGACGCGUAUGUCUGGAUCUACGAUCCAAAACCCUGGUACUAUUGGCUGUGUGGUAUACUGGUAGUUGUUGGGACUAUCACCGUUUGUAUGUUCCCCUUGUGGCCAGCUACAGUGCGGGAUUAUCUCCACAGUAAAGGGGUUUAUUACCUGAGUAUCGCGGCCGCCGGUUUCCUUGUAACGAUCAUAGGUUUGACCGUGCUAAGAGUGGUGGUAUUCUGUCUCGUCUGGAUGCUGACCCUGUCAAGACACCAUCUCUGGCUACUCCCCAACCUCACUGAAGAUGUCGGAUUCUUCGCUUCAUUCUGGCCGCUGUAUAAAUACGAAUACCGCCCGGGUGCAGACUCGGACAAAUCGUCCAAGAAUAAGAAGAAACGGAAGAAAGACAAGUUGUCUGAUGAUGAGAGUGAGAAGACGCCAUUGCUGGAGGAGAAGGCUAGUGAGGAAGCCAGCGAGGGAACCAGCACUGCUCACACUGCCGUCACCACCAGUGACGAUGCUGCUAUUGACACCAAAUCUGAAUUAGAAACACCAACGCCUCCAGCAGACAAACAAUCGGAGUCCGAAUCUGAGAACAGUCAACGUUCCUCCACGGAUAGGGACUUUGAGAUAGUAGAGCCAGCAGAUCUAGAGCCAGAUCGAGAUGAUAACGCGUAAGAGAGGAAUGUACGAGAUCACUGUGGGUACGUUUGUAUGGUUCAGACAAGGGAUUUGCGCAAAACAGCGCAAACAUGCGCAAAGUUGCGCAAACUUCUGAUCGGUUAUUUCAAAUUCGUGUAUGUAAAAACUCGACUAUUUAAAUCUGAUUAUGUAAUAAUUUCAUGAUAUUAUAAUUUUAUUAUGAUUUAUUUGAGCUCUAGUUUUAUUUUUUUGUUUGUUUAAAAACGUAAUUAUGUGCGUACGCAGAAUUUGGUGACGUCUUUAUAUGUUUUGUCUUCCAUACUUGAAACGUAGACGGUGAUGCGAUGAUGAUAAUAAUUAAUUUAAAUAAAUUACUUUAUACAUACAUUAAUUUAUUAUUUUUAUUCCUUAUUACCUUAUAAAUGUACCCACGUGAUUACUCAUUUACCAGAGACUGUAGACAGUUAGGUUACGUUAGGUUAAAUUCCGAGUAUUUGUGUACGAGUAUUGUCACUUAUCCAAUUUAAGAUGUGCGCUACAAUAAGCGAAUAACGCAUUUUUGGUUAGUGAUGUAAAAUUGCUAAUAGUUUCACUAACAUUCGGGGAAACGCUGGAUUUAGCGGAGUUGUAGCUUUUUAACGCAGAUAGUUACAAUUAGGAACCUCUAUUUGUUCAGCUUCACUCGAUAAAUUCCGCUAAAUCUACGCCAUAUAAUAUACGUGCUAUUUUUAGCAUUUGAAUUCCCAUCUAAAAUACCAUUUGCAGUAAAAAUCUGUGGUAAUACCAAAUAUUGUAAAGAGAUCUGAAGUGGAACAUUAAUUGACUUGCAAAUGACUGAUUUUAUUAACUACCACGAAGAUAUAACACAUUUUUAUAAUAAUUAACUUAGUAUUACCGGCUUACACACGACGCAAGCUCAAAAUUAUAUAAUUUAGUUACGGAAAUCAGUCAUGUAUUAAAAAUCUUGAUUUGCAUUGUAUCAUUCAUAUUUUGUUAGUGAAUAACUGAGGACGAAUGAUAAAUGUGAAUGUAGUUAUUAUAAAUCAAAGAGAUUUGUGACGUAAAGGGUUUUAGACGAAUUAUAAUUAAAUUAUCAUCCUAAAGGUCAAUUCAUACUAGCGCAGAGUUGAAGCGUUAAUCUCUACUCUCUCGUUAGUCACUGUAAAGUUAACGUUAUCUGCGAUAAGAAAUAUAUUCCUUCAAACAAGACUUCGAUUCGAAUUCGCGAGUAUUUGAAUUAGCUAGUUUUAAAUCUGAAGGAAUAUGUACUUUACGUUGCACAUAUUAUGAGUCAAUUUGCUAUGUGGUAUUUCAAAUUAUAGCUUCAGUUCUAUGUUAGUAUGAAUGCGCCCUAAUCUCAUGCCGAGUGUUGCCGAAGCUUGUCGUUUCCACUCGAGCGCAACCCGAAGUGUCGUGGCGAAAACUUCCGAAGUGUUUCGGCAAACUUCGUAAAUAUUCGGCUGGUAUAUAAAGGGUGUAAUUACGCCGUAUUUAUUCAAUUAUGUGCUACUUUUGCAUACAUUUUAUUAACGUUUGUUAUAUAUGUAUGUCCGUCGGGUUUUGUGAUUCGGAACUGUUGUGACGGAUUGAUAUACGAAAAUGAUGUUUAUUGUCCUGUAAUAAUAACUAAAUUAGGUUAUCACUGUCAUUACAAUACAUUCCUUUAGGAUUCUAGAAGCCCUAGAUAGUCUUCCGCAUUCACUUAUUACACAUAUUUUCACAUCUCAUACAAAAAAUUCACGAAUAUCAACUUUAAAUUCAAUCGAGCAAGUCAAUCAAACGUUUAGUCUUAUGAUACAUAUUCAACUUAGUAAUAAGGUUAUAAAUUGCGUAAAAUUUAUUAAAAAUUAAAAUUUCUAAUGAAUGGCAUAAGAAUUAUUUUCGUUUAUCAAACCGGUCCAUCCGGCUUUUAAAUAUUUUGGUGCUGUCUACAAAUUUGUGAAUAAUGGAAUAUUUAUUUUUCGCGUAUCGAAUUUACGCGACAUUUUCGAUUUUAUGUGCAUUUGUUUUUUCACGGUUUCAUGUGUUUUGUAAAUAUACAUACAUAGGCUCGUGAUAUAGGCGUUUAAACGAGCUGUAUCAUGUUAAUCAACGGUAUUUCAAUAAAUGAUACUCUUUUCAAA